AUUGGCUGUGCCGCCCCGCAGCCGAAGCGACGGCGGCGUCGACAACGCUGCUGUUGCUGCCGCUGCUGGCAGAGUCAGUCAGCGAGUGGCCGACGGAGCGGGUUGUCCGGGGUCCCGCGUCUUUCCCCCGCCUCACCUCUUUCCCCGCCGGGGUUGCUGACCGGGAUGGCGUCGGAUUCUGGAAGUUUCAGCCAUUCUGGAGAUCAGCAACAAAGCUACACAGGAUAUAGCAAUCAAGGAAAUCAAAGCUAUGGACAGGCACCACAGGGCUAUCCUGGCUAUGAGCAGAGUGGGGAGAGCUCCUCUUAUGGGCAAAGUUAUGGAGGCUAUCAAGGAAACUAUGGACAGACCCAGACAGGUUACGGGCAGAGCGGCCAGCAAGGAUAUGGGGGAUAUGAAAAUCAGAACCAGAGCUCUUACAGCCAGGAGUCUUACGGCAGUCAGGGACAGCAGAAAGAGCCAUCAGGCAGCAAUAGGACUUCCUAUGACCAGAAGUCCAAUUAUGGACAGCAGCCAGGUUCAUAUAACCAGCCCUCAGGUUACAGUCAGCCACCAGGCUCCUAUGACCAACUGUCGGGUUACAGCCAGCAGCCGAAGCAGUUUGACCAGCCGUCGGGCUACAGCCAGCAAGGACAGCAGCAAAGCUCGUAUGACCAGCAGUCAGGUUACAGCCAAAACCGAGGCUCCUACGACCAGCAGCACGAUUUGGGUCCACAGCAAGGCUCCUACAACCAGAAGUCCAAUUAUGGGCAGCCACCAGGAUCGUACGGCCAGAACCAGCCGUCCUACCAAUCCCAGCAGAAGGAAAGCUAUGGCCAGAACAUGCAAGAUGAUCGUCGUGAGAAGAGUAGGUAUGGCGAAGACAACAGAGGCUAUGGUGGGCCCCGAGGAGGUGGAAGCAGGUUCGAUUCUGACAGCAGAGGUCCGAUGUUGGGCUUAAGUGGUGGUGACCGAGGUGGCUUCAAAAAUUUUGGUGGUCAGAGGGAUUAUGGGCAGAAGCCAGACACAGAUUCGGAGUCUGACAACUCUGAUAACAACACCAUCUUUGUACAAGGACUGGGAGAUGACGUUUCAACAGAUCAAGUUGCGGAGUAUUUCAAGCAAAUAGGUGUCAUUAAGACUAACAAGAAAACUGGCAAACUCAUGAUUAACCUCUAUACAGACAAGGAUACUGGGAAGCCAAAGGGCGAAGCGACAGUGUCUUUUGAUGACCCACCGUCUGCUAAGGCAGCCAUCGACUGGUUUGAUGGAAAGGAAUUCAACGGCAGUGUUAUCAGGGUUUCCUUUGCAACCAGACGGCCUGAAUUCCUGCGAGGAGGCAAUGGAGGUGGUGGUGGUGGUCGUCGAGGUUCCCGAGGAGGGGGCUUCGGAAGAGGCGGCGGCUUCCAGGGCCGAGGCGGAGAACCCAAAAGUGGCGACUGGGUUUGUCCCAACCCGAGCUGCGGCAAUAUGAAUUUUGCCCGUCGGAAUUCCUGCAAUCAGUGCGAUGAGCCCAGGCCGGAUGAUGGGCAUCCAUCAGGAGGAGACUUCCGCAGCCGGGGAGGCUUUGGAGGUGACCGAGGAUUCAGAGGCCGCAGAGGUGGUGGCUUUGGCGGAAAAAUGGGAGGCCGAAAUGACUUCAGAAGCGAUCAACGCAACCGACCCUACUAAGAACAGCUGUGAAGGUCCCCCCUCCCUACCCCAUCUUUCUGACGGCUUUUCACAGCAAACUUUGCUGAGUUUCGCCUGCUGCUUUAUACCCCACAUGCCCUCUUUUGGAUAGUGGAAUUAAAUGUGAAAUUGGAUUUUUUUUUUCAUUUGGCGGGAGGGAACUUGGGUCAGAUUCCUCCCCCUCCUUUUUUAUUUUACUUUUAAAGCAAGUCCAUCAAAAUUUUCAUCUUCUAAUUUCCAUCAUUCCCCCCCUCCCACCACCCCCAACUCUCCAUCACCUAAAAAAAAGAAAAGAAGGCUCUCUCUUCCACGGGCUGUUGAAAAAAAAAAGAAGGAAUGAAAUUGUAAAAUAUUUGCCAAAAAUCUGACAUGUUUUAUAAUUCAAACAAUAAAAGCUGAUUGUUUAUUUGUGA